UUCCAUAAUGCUUUCCGCGUCAGAUAUCAAAAAAUUAGAAAUACAGUGCCUGGAACAGGUUCAAAAAGACGUUUUGUAUAACCUUCAAAACGAUGCAAAAUUAAGAGCAGUUCAUACUUCCAAAAAUUACGAUGAGUUCAAGGCAAUAGUGGAUGCUGCUAACUUGACACCCUUGAAUGCCCAGGACAAACGAAACGCAAGAACAAAGAACAAUAUUUGGAAUACAGCAUCUUCUAACUAGAACUCACAAAUCCUUCCGUCAUGACUGGGAAAUCAAACGAUCCACAGCGCGCCGCCGCUUUGAAAAUUUUAAGAAAAGGUAAUCUAUAACAAGCAGAUCAAUGAAUGGUCGACAUUGUUGCCGCAAUUUUCCAUUAGAUCUUUUCUUUAGAACAAGUCUUUUUUAUUGAUUGAAGUAUGCUCCUGACGCGUUGUUUUUAAAAGUUUUUCGCCAUCCUUUUACCCUGU